UCCUGUUCCUCGGCUGAAGGCGUUUGGGCUCUUUGCACGGGAAGGUCGUUGGGAGAACGGAGCUGCCGUCGGGAUGUGGUACGAAAUCCUGCCUGGUUUGACGGUCAUGUACGUGUGCUUGACCAUCCCUGGUCUCUCCACCAUCUUAAUCCACAGAUACACAAAUGGAAACAAAGAGAAGAGGAUUGCUCGGAACAAUUAUCAGUGGCACCUGAUGGAAAGAGACAGGCGUGUGUCUGGAACCAAUCGCUACUAUGACUCCAGGGGCUUGGAGAAUAUUGACUGAAGCAACAGACUGAUGAGUUGUAUACCAGCCUACUAAUAAACAUGGAAUUCAUUAAAAAAAA